AUGGGAAGGGCUCCUUGCUGUGACAAGGCCAAUGUGAAGAAAGGGCCUUGGUCGCCUGAGGAAGAUGCAAAGCUGAAGGAGUACAUAGAGAAACAAGGGACAGGAGGGAAUUGGAUUGCUCUCCCACAAAAGGCUGGUCUUAAAAGAUGUGGGAAAAGCUGUAGAUUAAGAUGGCUAAACUAUCUCAGACCCAAUAUUAAACAUGGGGAGUUCUCUGAUGAUGAAGAUAGGAUUAUCUGCAGCCUAUAUGCCAACAUUGGGAGCAGGUGGUCAAUAAUAGCCGCUCAGUUGCCAGGCAGGACGGAUAAUGACAUAAAAAACUACUGGAACACCAAGCUCAAGAAGAAACUAAUGGGUAUGAUUAAUCCUAUUGCUCAGAGAAAACCUCAGCAAGCAGCUCAUGUUUCUUCUCUCCUUCAACCUACAUCAUUACCGUCAUCCCCAUCCACUCCCCUGUCAUCAUCACCAUCAUCAUUCGCAUGCAACAACAGUAAUUAUUACAACCUAGCUAGGUCUUUCACAGAGCCAAUUUCAUUUUCAGCAACUCCUUUGAGCAAUAGCUCUUUCACUACAAGUGCUUCUUCUAUGCUACAACCCCAAGAAACUUUUGUGGGACCUAUGCAAAAUUAUCAAGUGAAAGAUAGUCUCAUAAUGUUUGGGGGUGAAGCUAGCUGCAGCUCUUCUGAUGGAAGUUGCAACAAUCAGAUGAGCCAUGUCAAUGAGGGGUAUGAAUAUGGUGGUGGUGCAAAUAACAACACUGAACAGAUGGGCUUACAAAAUUAUCUCUACAAUGGGGUUGAAGAGGACCGAAGGUUGAUGGUUUCAAGUGGGGAAGCUGCUCAUGGCGUACUUAAUGGGUGGACCGAGAAGCAAAAUGGGUUAUGGCCGGGAGAUAAUUCAUUAGACUAUGGUCUAGAGGAGAUUAAGCAACUUAUUAGCACUGACAGUUGUAAUAGCUUUUUGUUUGAUGAAAACAAGUCAGGGGAAAAAGCCAUGUACUACUGA